ACAGCCUAAGGUGUUUGCCUUUGACCACUGCUUCUGGUCGAUGGAUGAGUCCAACCUCACAAAAUAUGCAGGCCAGGAAGUUGUGUUCAAAUGCCUUGGAGAGGGAAUACUUGAGAACGCGUUUCAAGGGUACAAUGCCUGCAUCUUCGCCUAUGGACAGACAGGUUCUGGGAAGUCCUUUUCAAUGAUGGGGAAUGGAGACCAACCGGGCCUCAUCCCGCGGCUCUGCUGCUCCCUGUUUGAGAGGGUCUCUAAGGAGGACAACGAGACCCACUCCUUCAAGGUGGAGGUGUCCUACAUGGAGAUCUACAAUGAGAAAGUCCGAGAUCUCCUGGACCCCAAAGGGAGCCGACAGUCCCUGAAAGUCCGGGAGCACAAGGUUCUUGGCCCGUACGUGGAUGGGUUGUCCCAGCUGGCUGUCACAAGCUUUGAGGAUAUCGAGUCAUUAAUGUCAGAGGGGAACAAAUCUCGGACGGUCGCUGCCACCAACAUGAACGAGGAGAGCAGCCGCUCCCACGCUGUCUUCAGCAUUAUCAUCACCCAGACCCUCUAUGACUUGCAGUCCGGGAACUCCGGCGAGAAGGUGAGCAAGGUAAGCCUUGUGGACCUGGCAGGCAGUGAACGGGUGUCCAAAACGGGCGCUGCAGGCGAGAGGCUUAAAGAGGGAAGCAACAUCAACAAGUCCCUGACCACCCUGGGCUGUGUCAUCUCUGCACUUGCUGAUCAGUCUGCUGGGAAGGGGAAGACCAAGUUUGUGCCUUACAGAGAUUCUGUGCUCACCUGGCUGCUCAAGGACAACCUUGGGGGGAACAGUAAGACAGCCAUGAUCGCCACAGUCAGCCCAGCUGCAGACAACUACGAGGAGACAUUGUCAACGCUCCGCUACGCCGACCGAGCCAAGAGGAUCGUCAACCACGCGGUGGUGAACGAGGACCCCAACGCCCGCAUCAUUCGAGAGCUGCGGGAGGAGGUGGAGAAGCUGAAGGAGCAGCUGUCCCAGGCAGAGUCUCUGAAGGCCCCAGAGCUUCAGGAGAAGCUGCAGGAGUCAGAGAAGCUGAUCCAGGAGAUGACGGUCACCUGGGAGGAGAAGCUGAGGAAGACGGAGGAGAUUGCACAGGAGCGUCAGAAACAGCUGGAGAGUAUGGGCAUUUCCUUGGAGUCAUCAGGGAUAAAGGUUGGGGAGGACAAGUGUUUCCUUGUCAACCUGAAUGCUGACCCAGCCCUCAAUGAGCUGCUGGUGUACUACCUUAAGGAGCACACGCGUGUGGGGGCCAACACAUCUCAGGACAUCCAGCUGUUUGGGAUCGGGAUCCAGCCGGAGCACUGCUUGAUUGAGAUUGCCCAGGACGGAGAUGUCACUCUGACUCCUAUAGAGAACGCCAGAACCUGUGUGAAUGGUACCAUGAUCCACUCCAUGGUCCACCUCUGGCACGGUGAUCGUAUCCUGUGGGGCAAUAACCAUUUUUUCAGGAUCAACCUGCCAAAGCGGAAGAGGCGGGACCGUUUGAAGGAGACGGACAGGGAGUCUCCGAGGGAAAGCUUUGUGGAGCCGGAUGUGGAGACAGCCAGCGAGGCCUCGUCUGAGCAGGACUACAGCUAUGAGUUUGCCCAGAUGGAGGUGAUGAUGAAGACUCUGGGGAGCAAUGACCCCAUGCAGAAUGUAGUCCAGGUGCUGGAGAAACAGUACCUGGAGGAGAAGCGCACCGCCCUGGAAGAGCAGCGCGUGAUGUACGAGCGGGAGCUGGAGUCGCUACGGCAACAGCUGUCCCCAGAACGGCCGCACCCCCACCACCGCUGCAGCGCAGAUCGCCUGUCCUUCCCCACGCACCCCUCCCACAGCAAGCUCCGCCUCUGGUCUGAGGAAAGGGACGAGCUUUUUCGCCAGAGCUUGUCUCGGCUCAGGGAGCAGGUCGUCAAAGCCAACACUUUGGUGCGAGAGGCCAACUUCCUUGCGGAGGAGAUGAGCAAGCUGACAGACUACCAGGUCACUCUGCAGAUCCCCGCUGCCAACCUCAGCGCCAACCGCAAGCGUGGGGCCAUUGUGAGCGAGCCGGCCAUCCAGGUGCGUCGGAAAGGGAAGGGAACGCAGGUCUGGACCAUCGAGAAGCUGGAGAACAAGCUGGUGGACAUGAGAGAGCAUUACCGGGACUGGAAGGAGGGGACGGAAGAAGUGAAUAACAAGCUGAACAACAAGCGUGGCGACCCCUUCUAUGAGGCACAAGAGAACCAUAACCUCAUUGGUGUGGCCAACGUUUUCCUGGAGUGCCUCUUCCACGAUGUCAAGCUGCAGUAUGCUGUUCCCAUCAUCAGCCAGCAGGGGGAGGUGGCGGGCCGGCUGCAUGUGGAGCUGAUGCGGGUGAGCGGGGCGGUCCCGGAGCGACUGGUCGGGGGGGACGACUCCUCUGAGAACUCGAGUGAAAGCAGCAGCUACGAGGUCAUGGACACCAACGGGGAGAUUGUCCACAUCGCCAAAAAGCUCACCUGCAGGGUGCGGAUCAGAGAGGCUACUGGGCUGCCCCUGAACCUGUCUAACUUCGUCUUCUGUCAGUACACCUUCUGGGACCAGGCGGAGCCCACCGUGGCUCCACCCAUGGUCAACCCAGACACGCCCUCCCCACACACCCCUGACGCACAAUUUACUGUCAGAUUUGACCACUGCAAGGACUUUGUUGUCCAUGUGACGGAAGAGUUCCUGGAGUUUAUUUCAGAGGGAGCUCUGGCCAUCGAGGUGUGGGGGCACCGCUGCGCAGGGAACGGACGCUCUCUGUGGGAGCCAGACGCCCUGCAGGCCAAGACACGCACACUCCGAGACCGGUGGAGUGAGGUGUCCAGGAGGAUUGAGCUGUGGGCCUCCAUCCAGGAGCUGAAUGAGCAGGGGGAGUACUCUGCUGUAGAGCUGCACCCCAGCAAGGAUGUGAGCACUGGUGGGGUUUUCCAGCUACGACAGGGUCACUCCCGGAGGCUGCAGGUUUGUGUGAAGCCGGUCCAGCACUCCGGCACUCUGCCUCUGCUGGUAGAAGCCGUGCUGUCCGUCUCCAUUGGCUGUGUGUCGGCCCGCUCCACCAAGCUGCAGAGACCGCUCGACAGUUACCAGAGGGAGGAGGAUGACGAUAUGGAUAGUUAUCAGGAGGAGGACCUGAACUGCGUGCGGGAACGCUGGUCUGAGGCCCUGGUCAAACGCAGGGAGUAUCUGGAUGAGCAGAUCAAGAAAAUCAUGCACAAGCAAGAGAAGUCAGAGGAGGAUGUGGAGCGGGAGGCGCGGCUGGUGGAGCAGUGGGUGGGUCUGACAGAGGAGAGGAACGCUGUGCUGGUGCCAGCGCCUGGCAGCUGCAUCCCUGGUGCCCCUGCACACUGGGUGCCCUCUCCUGGAAUGGAGGCUCAUAUCCCUGUUCUCUUCCUGGACCUGAAUGCAGACAACCUGACUGUCAGUGAACAGAUCACUGGACCCCAUGCUGCUGGGGUCAACUCCAUCCUGCCCAAAGAGCAUGGCAGCCAGUUCUUCUACCUGCCCAUCAUCCGGCACAGCGACGACGAGGUGCUGGUUGUGUGCUCCUGGGACUCCUCUAUCCAUGACUCGGUCCAUCUGAACCGGGUCACCUCGCCCAAUGAACGCAUCUACCUUAUAAUCAAGGUGACUGUCCAGCUCAGCCACCCAGCCUCUAUGGAGCUGGUCCUCCGCAAGAGGAUUGCAGUCAACAUCUACAACAAGCAGAGUUUCACCCAGAGCCUAAAGAGACGGAUGUCACUGAAGAACAUGCUCUACUCCUGUGGAGUCACGUAUGAGAUUGUGUCCAACAUACCAAAGGCGUCAGAGGAGCCUGAGGAACGGGAGACCCUGGCGCUCAUGGCGGCCCGGGGUGAGAGCGAGGGGUCCCAGGACGGAGAGACCUACAUUGAGAAGUACACCAGGGGGGUGCUGGAGGUGGAGAACAUUCUGAGUCUGGAGAGACUGCGACAGGCGGUAACGGUGAAGGAGGCCCUCUCCGCCAAAGGAAGACACAUCCGGAGGAGCAUCAGCACCCCCAAUGUCCAGCACGCAUCAUGUAGCAAAAGUGACUUAACAGGAUGUGAAGAUGAGGAUUUCAAGCAGGGCCAUUCUGAGAGUCAGCCAGACAUCGCCGACUGCAGUUUCCAAGAUGCCCCACUGUCUGCCACGCUGCCCAGAGAUUCGCCCCUCAAGAACAAAGAGUGCCCUGGGUUGGUGCCAGAGAGCCCCACAUUCUUCAACUCCAGCCCCUUCAAGGCCCUGUCCCCCCAGCCCCCCAAGUUCCUCAAGGCCUUGAUGCCAGUGAAAGAGGAGAGCAAGAGCAAGCGAACGCUGGAGGCCCGACCGCUGCUGGGGCAAGAGCAGAGCAUGCGCCCGUUUGUGGAACGCGCUGCGCUGGCCCCUCACUGCCCCUGGCGACGCCCGCGGGCAGGAAGUGAGGGCCACAGCGGCAGCGGCGCCAGGCAGCUCAGUCUAGGCUCAGAGCUCAGGCACACAAACCGGCACGCCGCUGACUCUGAGGAAGAAGAGACUGACGUAGACACGCCCCCGAGUCAACCGAGCAUGCUGGGAAUGGGCCUGGUCUCACAGGAGUUCCACAACCUCCAGCCUUACAUUCCAGAAGACUUUGCCAACUUUGAGGUGUACAACGCCAGCCUGGAGAGCCGGGAGAUUGGCCAGAGUGGGAGGGCGGAACUGGUGGUGGGCGGGGCUAUGUCCGGGGGGCGGGGCUGUGAGAAGGAGGUGUCUCGGAGCCCAACGGCCAGCAGCUGCACCAGCGGAUACUUCUCCCACAGCGCCUCCAACGCCACGCUGUCAGACGUCCUGUUCACCGGCAGCGACAGCUCGGACCAGCUGAGCACCAACAGCCGCGACCCCGCCGACCUCCACGAGUUCCCCUGCACCGUGGGAAGGGGAGGCUCCCUCCAAACCAAAAGUGCCUUAGGGGGUGACUCGCCGCUGCCCGCACACAUUAGCCCCUGCGGGACCCCCACGCCGCCUCCCCUUUCCUCGGGCUGCAGCUUGAACUGCUCAGACAGCGACGUCCCCAAAGAGGGACAGUCCCCCUCUUCCUUGCCCAGGGAAUGUGCCCUCAGUGUCAGCCAGGAGUUCACAGACUUCAAGGGUGCUGAUGACGGAAUCGAUGAGGGGGACCUGGGCCACUGCGAGCAGGAGGGGUGGCAGCCUGUGGGAACGUGCCGAUUCUCAGGUCAGGGUGAGCAGGAAGCAGGCCAUCACGUCUCUGUCCCACCGCAGACAUGCCACAUGCACAACGGCAAAGUUCCGGUCCUUUCCUCCCUUGAUCACCCGCCGACUUCCCAACAUGCAUCAGGAGAAUCGCAGCGCCCAGAAAAUUCCCUGCCACAUACCCAGCUGCACCCAUCCCUGGGUGGGCCAGACCGGGCUGCCAGCCCUCAUCGCCCCGCAGACUCCUCCAGCGGGGACGAGGGCACGCCAGUGGCCCAGCUGCCAGACUGGAUGGCCCCGGGGGAGCAGGUGUGGGUGGGAGACAAGUGCGGGACCGUGCACUACGUGGGUGGAGUUGAGUUUGCUGAGGGGAUCUGGGUGGGAGUGGAACUGGAUCUUCCAGCUGGCAAACACAACGGCACCGUUCAGGGACGGGUGUACUUCCGCUGCGCGGAUGGCCACGGCGUCUUCGUCAAACCGUCGCGUCUCUCCAGAGAGGCUCCACCUUCCAGCAAAGGUCCCCAUCCCCACAGCGCCCCCGCGCAGUCUUCCAGGGACCAUGCGAGUCAAAGGGGUUCCACCCUCCCGCAGGGGAAGAGGGAGGAGAGGAGCAGGGUGCAGCGGCGGGGGUCCCAGGAGCACCAGCGAUCCUGGAACAGCUGAGCAGCGAUGCGCCCCACUUCUCUUUCUACAUGCCUGCACGUCUCAUCCUGAGACACACACUCUGAGCGCUAUCUGACUUCAUUUUUUUUGUUCUGAAAAAAUCUGAUAAGUGCAUAUUUUAUAAAAAUUCUUUUGUAUGCACAUUUUCUGUAUUUUCUUUUGUCUUGUUUGUUUGUUUAAUGUCAUUUUAGUUGCAGCUAUGUGCACAAACCAGAGAGCUGUGGCUUCACAACACCA